UUUCUAAUACAUGGGAGUUGUUUUGAUAAGGGAGUGUGAAUGUGAGCAAGAGCUGUAGCCUUUGUGCGUAAUGAACGAGGUGGGGGAAAUUCCACAAAAGCAGACCAUAUCGCUCUCAGGUCUCAUAUAAGAGCUCAAUGUUAUGUUCAUGGUGAAGACAGUUUCAUCUAAUGCCAGCACAGCACGCAUUAAUGGAAGUAUCAGUUUCGUAAGCGAAAACGACACUCUUCAAUGUCGGUUUUGGCUGGCUGGUCAAUGUGAUCCUACAAAUUAUAACUGACAACCAAAUAAACACUCUAAAACAAUGUCUCUACAUCGGAGGAUUGUCCCCGAUCUGGGGCCUCUUACUACUGAGAUAGUGUCUGAAAUUGACAGGGACAAACAUAUUUUACUGCAUAUGCUGGACCUGCACAGGGAAAAGGUGUCGCCUAUGGAUCUUACAACAAUGCUAUAUGUAAACACUCCAAGCACUGAAGACGACUUUCCACGGGACCCAACAGAGCUCUCAAAUGCAUUCCUCCGGCGGCUCUGGCUGUAUAAUCCCCAAGCCCGUAGCACUUGCUGCAAGGUAGCAGUAGGAGACUACGGUUUGGACAUGGAUGAGAAUUCACAAUGUGCCAUCAAUCCUUUAGACUUGGUUGCUGUCAUCUACAUGACAACAAAUAGUUUCCUACAGCAAGAGAUCACCCACCGAAUGUUGCAAUGCAACUUUGCAGUGCCUCUGUAUCUUCCACCGGUUUACCCAGAAAAGAAGGGGACCAUGCUCCUGUAUCCAUUUAGAGGUGUUCUAGGUCAGUGGAAUUCACCUUCUGAGGGAACUAUCAUGAAGAACAUGGCCAAUUCCAGGAUGCCAUUUCUCUCCGCAGUGAGGCUAGGUCGCUGCAGUGUCUCAAAAUCUCGAGUACUCAACUGUGUUCUUGGGGGUCCACACAAGCUGAAUGAGUGCUUCAUAAACUGUGGUAUGGAUGGAGGGCAGCUGCCUCGUGUUCUCUCAGAUGGUCUGGUGGAGAUGUGUUGGAACCUGCCUUCAGGAGAUCAUCAUGACAACGUCUUCCCUUGUCCUGUGCUAGUAGCUAAUCUCCGUGGAGAUGCAGCCAACUGCAAAAAACAGAUGAGUCUGCUAUGUUACACAUCUGCAGUCCUCAUCGUGUUUUGCGGAAGUUUUGGUGCCAAGGAACGAGAACUGCUUGCCUCAUGGAGGGAGAAUACAAGCCACAUGAUUAUAAUCGACUGCUCAAUGUCAGUAGAGGAUGACCAAGAGAAUCACAAUGAGAAAAUUAAACAACGGCUGUUGAAGGAUUUAGAAAUGCCUGAUGGAACAAUGCUUAAUGGCUGUGAAGGUAAUGAGGAAGAAAUUGCUGAAAGCUUAAAAGAUGUUCUUGAUCGCUUUAUUCCAUACCUGCACACCACAAACCUUGUAGGUACAGCUGGUAUGGCCAGUGACCUCGACAUUAAUGUUGAUGAAGAUGAGAUCUGUCGAAUGGCAUUCAGGGAAGUUGAAGAAGUCCUCAGUGGAAUCGAAGACGGAGUGUCCAGCUAUUUGGAGAACCAGCUGCCCCUGCAGGGUAUGGUAUGGAAACAGUUGUGUCAGCUGGAGAAGGAGGAAGGACGUCACCAACAACAUACAACACAGAGCUUAAUGGGGGAGAAGGAAAAUCUUAUAAAACAACUGCUUGAUUAUAAAUUAACAACAGCCAUGAGAGCUUUUAUUGCAGCUCUCUGUUCAUUUGACACAACCAAGCGAGCAUUUUUCCUCUCUUGGGUGAGGGUGAAACUUGAAGUUAUGCAGUUGGAUAAACUGUCCCAUCUUAGGGGAACAAAUGAGGAACAGAUUCAAGAACCUUGCAUUGGACUUGAACAUUUCCUUCGAGAACUGGGAUUGGUCUACGAACGAUACUUCCGCGGUCCAAACAGUGACUUGUAUGACAUGUUCCGCUUACCAUAUGUAGGUGCUGAACUACUCUUGUAUGGAGUUCCACUUGAGCUCUAUGAUGGGGAUGCCUCAGUAUUUCCCAUGAACUGGGUAUACAGCGUUCUUUAUGAGGUACACAAGCAGCUGCCAAAGUUCAGUCGCAUGAGAGUUUUGACAAUCUUAGGUUUCCACAACUCCAAAAAUGCGGAGAUCCUAUCUGCAUUGUUUGGCACCAACUUCCCAAAGUGGGGUAGAAGGCAUAUCAAAGGGGCAUCCAUGCUUCUCCUCAGCCUGCCUGACAACUUAAGAAUGGAGAUGGACUGUGAAUUUCUGAUGUUGAUUGGCACAGAAGGUUUGAACCGCAAUGCAGGAGGAAGUCUUGUGCAUGACAUUGAACUGGCUACCUUUGUCAGUGGACUGAGUGACAUAACUCUGGUAAAUUUACCAGGUGAGGGUCAGGACGAAACAAGAAGCAACCUUCAUAUUGCUGUCAAUGUUCUUCUCUGCACACGAAACUUGGAGAGGAAGACUACCUUUCAGGUCUCUUCAGAGGGAGCAGGAAUGGAUGGAAAAAUCAUGAGUUGUGUAAUUGAUGUACUUACCACAGGACAGCUCCCAAAUGAAUCCCAAAGAGAAAGAGAAGGUGUAAGCCAUAACCUGUCCAGCUCAUGGAACAGCAACUCUUUGACUUCACAAAAUGAUCAAAUCUACAGUGAUGCAGUUCUCAGCCUAAAGAAAAGACUGUUGACGAUGUUCCAUGAAAAGGCAACAAAUGAUCAGCCAACCUGCUUAGGUACAUUAAUGGAGUAUAUGUGCAAUCUAUGGGAGAAAGUGAAAAAUGGAGUUUUUGCCAUAAAGUUUGGAGACACAGAUACAGCUGAUGCCAUCAUUGGCCUCUGCACAAAACUUGUACAGGGAGAGAAGCAGCUCAAUGAUCAACUCGAUCUUUGGGUUCAAGGGUUGGACAAUCACAUAACAGAGUUAAAAGAAUCUGCAUCACAAAAUGGACAGGGUAUGGAUUCAGAUGGCAUACUCACAAUUUUGAGGAGUGAAGCAAAUACACAAAUCAGUGCAGAGAGAGACCAAAUUAAGGCAAGUCUCUGGGACUACCUUAGGCAGGAGGAUAUUGAUAUUACCCUUGUGGAAAAUUACAAAGUAAGUCUUCUCAAAAGAGUAGACCUCAUUCAAGAGCAAAUGACAUCUGAUGUUGCCCAGAAACUUGAGUCUGCUACCAUUCGCCAUGAAAUGACAAUAAAGAUGCACGCCUUAUUGACAUCACUUGAAGCAGCCCUGGAGGUAAAGUUACGUUCACUCUUGAAGACCUGCAAGAACAAUGGCAGUGUGAUUGAUGACAAGGAGCUUGAAAGUGAAUUUGUUAGUGUUUGGGAAAAUAUCCCAUCCAACUUGAAGGAUCCCCCCCUAGAGACACAGAAGAUCUUUGAAAGGAUGGUGGACCAGCUAAAGAAAAACCUAAGCAAUCGUGGUCUAAAAAAGAAAAACGUUAGACUCCGAAAUGCAAACCAACUCAAUGGCUUUAAAGUGAAGACUAGCCAUUUUGCUCUGAGUAGUAAGAUGAAGAAAACACUGAAGUACAAUAAGAAAGUUGCACAAAAAUUCACCAAUAAUUUGAUAGAAGACUGUGACAAGAGAGUCUCAGAAAAACUGAGGCACAAAGAGUGCUAUUCAGACAGCUACAUGAGAGAGUUGCUUGCAAUUGUGGAUAAGGGUCUAGAAGUUUUAAAAAGUGAGUCAUUCAUGAUGAAUCCCAAGUUUGAAGCGGAUAUCAAAGGAUACAUCUGUAGCAAAGCAGUGGAGUCUUUUCAAGAGGUGCAGGCAUUGCUCAUAAGGGAAAGAGAAACUAAAGAGACAUUUCUAAAUGAGACCAAGGACAGACACAUGCUGAAUUUCAUAUAUCAGUUCCGAAAAAGAGACCAGUGUCAAAAAGCUGCUCAGUCUUUCACCAACCUGUGCCUCAAGCCAACAGCUGAAGACUUCAUUUACAGCAGUUUGGAGAGACAAAUAUUUAAUGAUAUGCUCCAGAACAAAAAUCCAUGGCUUUAUAGCUCACCAAAAAAAUUCCACUACGGUCUACUUAAAGAAAUGCUGCUAAAGGACAGCUUUGAGAAUUUCCAUGAGUAUCUUCAGUCCCAUGAGAGCUUCAGCCAGAAGAGUAUUGAGAACUUUAUCAAAGCUCACCUGUCAGGUUCUGUAAUGAUCGAAGACCGCAGGGAACAGAGAAUGCACCAAAUCUUUAAUUGGGUGAAAAGUUGUAUUAAUCAGGCAUCAGAAUCUAGUAGUGGCGCACAGAUCAGUGUUAGGCUACUACUGGAGAAAGUUUGCAUCAGCCUGGGGAGUCUGGGAAAAAUCACUAUGCCAACUCAAAUCUUGGAAAAACCUUUGUUUGACAUAAGUACACAUCGUGAGAACUUCCUUAAAGACUUACAGGAUUCAGUCUCUGAGUUGUCCUCAUUAAUUGCUCAGGAAUUUUUGGAGAAUGAAGACGUCAUUGAAGUCCCUGAUGACCUCCCUAAUAAACUUCAGGGCAUGCUAUAUGACAGAGUGAAGGGGUGUGAUGAGCGCUGUCCUUUCUGUAAAGCUCCGUGUGACCUGGAAGAAAAAGAUCAUCAAGUGCAUGAAGCUGUUGUGCAUCGGCCUAAAGGUCUAGUGUGUUAUACCAAUGCCAACUCUACCACUCUGUCCCACAACACCUGCUCUGCAGAUAUUGCAGGUGAAACACAGUUUCAAAACAGACAUACUGGGGGCCAGUCUCUGCCCUUUAAGGAAUAUCAGUCCAUCUACCCAGACUGGAACAUUUACCCAGAGGACCCUAGGAAUUAUGGGGCUGCAGUCUACUGGAGGUAUGUGUUCAUGAGGUACAACAGAAGGUUUGCUCAAGAAUAUUCGUGUGCACCUGCUGUAUUGCCUCAAACAUGGGGGAAAAUUACUCAGGAGGAGGCACUACAGAGCCUGAGAGAGGCCUUUCACAUUACAGACUGAUAAUGUCUUUCACCAGCAUUAUUAUAUCAAUACCUGUUUUUAUGAUUAUUUUACUUCAGCUCAACCGUGGCUCGUCUGUAUGGCCAGGU